AUGGAUCACAUAUUGCGAACUGCCUCAUCGAUACAUGCCCUUCUGUCCGGCCCUUCUAAUCCAUCUACGGCGAGAGAACUUCUAGCGAAAACGAGCCUCUUCAUCCAAAUCGUAGAAGCUAGCCCUUGUGCUCAGCAUCUGCCCAAAUAUGAUACAAAUGUUGUAAAACUGCAAAUCAAUGAUCUUGAGCGAGAGGCUGUAGAGACAGGAAUGCCUCUUGCAAUUACAAAUUAUUUCACGAUUGUGCUGAGAAAAAUGCUUGAACAGGUGUUGCAGAUAUUUUGUAAGGUUGGUUACAAAUUUACCUGCAGGAUCAUUACAAGAUACCUUACGGAGUGCGGUAAUAAGGAUCGCCUUGUGUUGAUCGCUCUGGAACAUCUUAUUCAUUUGGUUCUCUUCGGUGAUGAACUCUGUUUGGAGGCCAUACAGUGCGGCGGUCUUCAUUCCGUCCUAAAGCUGGUCCGCCAAACAUCCACCCCGCCUGACACUUGCAAACUUUUACUUCGAGCACUGGCUGUCCUCUGUGGGGUCUCCAAAGGAUGUUUAUCAUUACUGGCGGUAAGUCUGCAAAUCCGAUAA